AUUUGAUCUCCACACCCACAACCAAAAUAAAAAUGAGAGUGAAAGCACUUUUGAAAUAGGUGAAGAUGGAUUCAGUGGGAGAAAAAGAAGAAAUGGUUGGGAUUCCCAAAGUCAUAAACUAUCUAUCCUCUGUUCUACAGAGAGUUUCGGAGUCCAAUGAUCAAGAAGACAGGAUGAUGAAUAAUGGUACCAAAAGGAAUAAUUAUUCAGGGUUUGAUGGAAUAUCAAGACCAAGCAUUUCCAUACAAAGUUAUUUGGAGAGGAUUUUUAAGUAUGCAAAUUGUAGCCCAAGUUGCUUUGUUGUUGCUUAUGUUUAUCUUCAUCGCUUUCUUCACAAUCAUCAUCCUUCCAAUUUUCACAUUGAUUCCUUCAAUGUUCAUAGACUUCUCAUUACAAGUGUUCUUGUUUCUGCCAAGUUCUUCGAUGAUUUGUAUUACAACAAUGCGUACUAUGCAAAAGUUGGUGGAAUAAGCACCAUGGAAAUGAACCUUCUUGAAUUGGAUUUCUUAUUUGGUUUGAGAUUCCAACUAAAUGUGUCACCAAACACAUUUCACAUUUACUGCUCUUAUCUCCAAUCAGAAAUGCUAUUAACAACGCAACCCAAACUCCAAAUCCAAACACCUAUAAAACAACUUCACUCUUUCACUGAAGAUCAAGACGCUUCCCUUCAAAAGCAGUUGACGGUUUGAGCGACGAUCUUCGAAAUCACUUUUGUUAUUUUUAAAAGGGGUUGUUUUUAAAUAUAAGAAAAUGAGUUAAAAAUAUUUACAAACGUAAGAAAACGUGUUUGUUAUAUUUUAUAAAUAUUUUCAAUAUGUUGGUCGUUUUAAAACAACUUCCCUUUUUAAAAUCACUAUAAACAUGUUUUUGUUUAGUUUUACAUUUUCAAAUUCGAUUUUCAAAUCAUCUAAUUUGUUUUGAAGGAUUAAAAGCAUGUUUUAUAGUAAUUUUGAAUAAAAGUGCUUUUAAUCAUUUUAAACUACGAUUCAAACCUAUCGUAAAUUAUUAGAAAGUGAUCGUAAUUGUAAUAGGAAGUUUCUUCUUCUUUCUAAUUUUUUUUUUCUUUUGGGUGAGUUAUGAAAGUUAUUAGGGGCAAAUGUGGGAUUUCGUUUCAAAGUUUUUUUUUUUUUGGGCCAAAAGAAGAAUGAAAAGUUUAUUCCCUAAAUGGGUUUUUGAUUUUAUUACCCAAAUUUGCUUUCCUUCUUGUUGUUGGACAUUUUUGCCCCUUCUAUGUGUAUUUGUGUAGAGUUGUAUUUUGAUGAUUUGGAAGAUGUUAUGAAUUAUGAUUUGUAAGUAUAGAUAUUGUAAGUUGUUUUGAUUUAGUCAAAUAAAUAAUUUAAAUGUUUGUAAAAGUUCAAUGAAUUUAAAUUUUCUUUUCUUUUGAAUUAGAUAAAUAAUUUUAACAAUAUAAAAUUAUAAACACCGACAAUAUUUUCUCUCAAA